AUGAGGGCCCCCAUGCUGCUCACCCAGGAGCUGCUGUGCCAGCCCCAGCACGUGCUGGACGAGGAGAGCCCAGCGCGCCUGGCGCUGACUGUUCGUGCCCUCCUGGAGGCCACCCAGACCCUGCCCCGGGAUGCUGCCCCCCGGAAGCCCCUGCAGACGCUCUGCUCCUGGCUGUUGGCGGCCGGCGCUGGGGUGGGGGCCGUGCCUGGCCUGCGGGCCCUGCAGGAGGCACUGGUGGCCACGGGCGACAAGCCUCCUGCCUUCGCCGGCUCCCGGGACUGGGUGGGCACUGUGGAGGCGACCAUAUGCCUGGACCAUCUCCUGGGCGUGCCAUGCAAGCUUGUGCACAUCCAUGAGGGUCGGGGGCUGGCGGCGCACGUGGGGGCCUUGCACGCUCACUUCCGGGGGGGUGGAGGCCCUGUGAUGAUGGGGGGCGGCACGGAUCACGGUGCCAAGGGCGUCCUGGGGGUCUGCUCAGAACCCCCCACCCACUACCUCCUGGUGCUGGACCCGCACUACUGGGGGGGCCCUGGCAGCCUCACGAGGGCGGGGGCACAGACCAUGGGCUGGGUGGGCUGGUGGGAGCUAGGCAGCUUUGAGCCGGACUCCUUCUACAAUCUCUGCCUGCCGCAGCUUCGCCUGGGCCGGGCCUCAUGACGCGCAGAGGGCCCUCAUGUGAGGGGGUAGCGCACCGGGACUCCCUUGUGCCUGGCGCAGGCAGAGAAGGGUCAGUAAAGGAAGGGUUCAAAGUGCUUGGGCUGCUCCGCUUUGUCUGUUCAGGGUUGGGGGCGGGGCCAGGCCGGGCCCUGCCCUGGUUCUCUCCCUCUGCUCAGGCAAGGAAUUGCGGGGUCCGUGAUGACGUCAGGAAGCCCCAGGGUGAAGGUGAGGUCAUGCUCACCCCCACCGUUUCCCCUCUACAGCCUGAUGCCAGGAAGUUUGGCAGUGACGUCACAGCUGACGUCGUAGGGGUGGAGAGAGAUCGUAAACCUGGAGAUGGGUAUAAUACCAUGCCAGUCUAUCACGAGAUGUGCAUGCGCACACAACGACGGAUCACGUGACCGAAGUGUUUUGCCACCGCCCCCCCAGUCACGCAGGCGCAGUGGCGCCACUGAGGCGCCAUGCCGACAAGUAUCUCGGGACUUCGCCUCCGUCACGUGGCGUCCCUCGUCGCCACUCUGCCUCCUACCUCACGUGGCCUCCCCGCCCCCGUCACGUGACGCGUAUCUCCCC